UUUCGAGAAGUUGUCGAGUACUGUCUUACUGCUACCUACAGAGCAACCUGCAGAGCACACCCACUUCAGUUGGUUGUUGGUGAUGCAAUGAAAGCUAUCUCAGGUUUGGGUUCGCAUUCAACCCUUGCAGCAGUCGAACACGCAAGUGAGAUAGUCAAUUUUGUUCGUAAGAGUGUCUUGGACACUGAAACUGUGUACAAAGCAGUUGGAUUUCAUUUGGUAGCUAAAAACGCAACUAGAUGGAAUUUUCAGUUAAGAAUGAUUGCAGCUUUACUUAAAGCAAUCGAUAAGGACCGCAAACUUCAAUCAAAACUUAAUGCAACUAAAAAGUGGGACUGGGACGUAGUAGCAGCCGUUAAAGCUGAAUUGGAAAUGAGAGCUCAACAACUCCAAGUAUCACAGCCCAAUUCAACUGAGAAGAACGUGGAUGAGCCGAGUGAAAAUCAGUCUGGUAGUACUUCUGCUGCUGUCAUUAAGGAAUUUGAUACAUUUCUAAAUGAGCCCCUUUACUCGAUGAGAGAGUUGGUUGACCCACUGAAAGCAAACGGACAAACAAAAACCUCGAAGUAUGUUGUAUUGACGGUUCACAAGACUAAGACUAACGCCUGA